AUGGGAAGAGGAGAAGCAGGGUUAGUCAUCCCCGCUGACGACCACAUGGGCAAUCUGCUUGCCGCCUCCGCCUCCGCGGACGGGCCCAAAUCAGACAAGAAGAAGCUGAAGAAGGAGAAGAAGGAAAAGAAAGAAAAGAAGGAAAAGAAGAAGGACAAGAAAGAAAAGAAGGAAAAGAAGAAGAGCAAGCGCUCCGCAGACCAAAUUUCAGAGUCCCGCGACAAUUCUCCGUCCCCGCCACAGAAAAGGGCCAAGCUCGAAACCUCCACACCCGUAUCGGAGAAACGCUCUGGAGACAUCUGCAUGGAUGACGAUGUCGAAGACACCGACAUCGGUCUCGGCACCACAAUCGCCGCCAAGGCUGAUACCAAUGCCGUGGCCUCGUUUGGCAUGUCCGACAUCACUGUGAAGCUGCUCAAGGACAAGGGCAUCGAAUCUCUCUUCGACAUCCAAGCCGCCACCUUCAAGAUGCUACGCACGGAGAAGAAGGACGUCAUCGGCCGCGCCCGCACCGGUUCUGGCAAGACGCUAGCCUUUGUGCUCCCGAUCAUCGAGACUAUCGCAGCCGAGUCCAUGGCCCGCGUCCCCUGCCAGCAGAAGCCGCUCGUGCUGUGCUUGGCCCCAACUCGAGAGCUCGCCCAGCAGGUUCACCGCGACUUUGAGUGGAUCGCGGGGGGGCACAGACUCACGACCGCUUGCUUCACUGGCGGAAGCGCAAAGGGGCCGCAGAAGGGCGCCCUUAGGUAUGGCCUGGAUGUGCUUGUCGGCACCCCAGGUAGGAUCAUCGACCAUUUGGAUGAGGGAAACCUAUCUCUGGCAGGUGUCCGCUUUGUUGUCCUGGACGAGGCCGAUGAGAUGCUUUCCAUGGGCUUUCAGGACGCCGUGGAAAGGAUUUUGGGGGAAUGCACGACUUCGGAGAUGAAGCAAACGUUGCUGUUUUCGGCUACCGUACCGAGAUGGGUCAAAGAUUUGGCUAAAAAGUACAUGAGGGGGGAUGCGACGGUUACUGUUGAUAUGGUCUCCAGUGAUACCAACAGGACGAAUACUGAUAUUACACAUCUGGCGAUUUCUUGUCCGUACACAGAAAGGCCAGACACGAUUGCGGAUGUGGUGAAGGUGUACACGGGGGCGCUAGGAAAGACGAUUAUUUUUACAGACACCAAGGUCGAGGCGAACGAGGUUUCUGGGCAUGAAAAGUUGAUCAACUCGCUCGGAGGUGUUGGAUUGCUUCACGGAGAUAUUCCGCAGGGGCAGAGAGAGGCGACGCUUGCGGCGUAUCGUGAGGGCAAGAUCCGAGUUCUGGUGGCGACGGAUGUGGCGGCUAGAGGGCUAGAUAUCAAGGCGGUUGACCUUGUGUUACAGACGCAUCCCCCGUCCAAUUAUGAGACAUACAUUCACCGUUCUGGAAGAACUGGGCGAGCUGGAAUGACAGGUACUUGCGUGACAUUUUACGGGCAGAGGGAGAAAUAUCUGAUUGGGCUCAUUGAGCACAAGGCCGGGAUGAAGUUCAAGCGUGCCAACCCUCCGCAGGCGACGGACAUCAUCAAGGCGAGUGUAAUGGAUACGGUGAAGACGUUGUCGUCUGUGCAUGAGGACAACUUGGCGCUGUUCCGUGAGGUUGCGCACAAGGUGGUGGAGAGCUACAACGGAGAGAAGGAUGCAGCGGAGACUGCGCUUGCCGCGUCGCUGGCGUGCAUGGCUGGGUAUACGGCGGACCGAUUCAAAUCAAGAUCAUUACUGUCGUGCUUUCAGGACUGCACGGCGGCUAUUUUCUGCGGAAGUCAGGGCUUUGAGUCGUCUGGGCAUGCGUGGAGCAUGCUGAGACGGGUGAUCGGGGGUGAUAUUGCAGCAGAAAUGAAGGGAAUGCAACUGUGUAAGGAUCGAAGCAAGGCAGUGUUUGACGUGCCAGAACGGCAGGUAAAACGGUUGGUAAAAGCUGCGCAGGACUUGCCUGACGGGUUUACGGUAGAGCUGGCGAUGGAGACGUUGCCCGAGCUGGAAGAAAGCCCGUUUGAUCUCAAGGCAGCGAUGGGGAGCUUGGCCGAGAAGAGAUUCUACCGGGGCAAGCGUGGUGGCGGGGGCGGAGGGUGGCGCGGCGGUGGGGGUGGAGGAGGUGGUGGAGGAGGAUGGCGCGGCGGUGGGGGUGGAGGUGGGCGUGGCGGGUUCAGAGGCAGGGGACGGGGUGGGUUUGGAGGGGGAAGAGGAAGGGGCGGAUUCCGGUAG